AUGGGUAUCAGCAGUCAUGGGACUCCAUCAGGAAGCACUAGCAACAUUAUCAAUGCCUUUGACAGGUGGCAGCAGCAGCUUCAGCAGAAUCUUUUGGUUUCAGCCAGAAUAGUCAAUGUUAUCUCCAAUUUGGUCCCUUUGGUUUCUGUAAAAGACAGAAUUACACAUGAUGUUUUGAGCCCCACAAGUCUGUCAUCAUUGAUUCUUUUCUCUCUCUCCUGGUACUUACAGGCGCAAACAGCUGCCAGCCUAUGGGAUGCAUACUCAGGCCUGUUAAGUAAUCAAGCCAUGAUCCUGGCCAUGAACUCCAGCUUCGUGGAUCCCUUAUUGCAAUAUGAAACUCAACUGAAGAUAGUAGAGUCGUCCUUUAAAAUGGCAUUUGCUAUACCAAGUCUUGACAAAGUGAAAGAAAUUGGGAAGAAUGAGGAUGACCAAGAGGACCUCGAGAAUUUAUACCGAACUAUUUUAAACAUAUUUGAGGACACUCUUCUGAUCUUAGUGUCUAAAGACCUCUACAAACUGCAAAUCUUAAAGGAAAUGGCUGUGUGGAUGAGUGAAGAUAAUUUGUACAUGCAGGAGAGAGCCAUGGUGAUCAUCAGCAGAGUGCUAAGCUUUGCAUCCAGGAAAGUCAAGGGAUAUACAAGUGUUGAUGUUCCAUGUUUGGGUGUUCUGGCAGCAGAACUGUCUCUUUUGUGUUCCCAUGCUGAUCCCUCAAUCACACAACAAGCAUCCUUGGGAAUGUAUCACCUCCUCUGCAUUGCAAAGUGUCAAAAUG